AUGUCACCCUCAGAGAAAGGUGGCUUCGACAAGCCGGGGACUGAGUCUGAACUUGACCGUGCCGAGCAGAGUUCAACAACACUUCAGUCAAGAGACAAAGACGCCAAAUCAGCGAGUGAUCACCGCGACGCUGACAUGGAGGAAGAGAUUCAUGAACUUGCGCGCCGCUUCACAUCACAAUCGCAUCGCCCUCACGGCUUAUUCCCGGUGCUAGCCGAGGGACCUCUCGACCCCCACAGCGAAGAGUUCAACGCCAGAAAGUGGGCAAAGGCCUUCUACAAUGUUCGAGAAAACAUCAGUGGAGACGCGCCUCCCCGUAUGAGCGGCAUCGCAUUUCGAAACCUCAGCGUUCAUGGAUUCGGUACGCCGACAGACUUCCAGAAGACCGUUGGUAACGUCUGGCUAGAUGCAAUCAGCAUGAUCAACUGCCUUCGGGGGAAACAAGCAUAG